UAUAUUUCUUAAAAGUUCUCCAGAAACUACAGUAUGUACCUUCACAAUCCUUGCCCCAUCCUUCUCUUCAGUAUUUGUCAUAUAUUUUUGAAACACUUGUGAGCUUCCUUUUCUUGCAUAAUCUUCCUGCUGCCACAAUAACAAACUAAACCUAAAUUUGAGAUUGAUUAUGUCUCAGGGAUUACUAUACUAAUAGCCAAAACUAAAUAAAAGAAACAUGAAGAUGGGCAAUAGCAAUGGCGGAUGUGCUUCUGCUUGGCAAGAGAAAAUAAGCUUAGGAUUUCACGUUGUCAAGGGCCGUUGGUUCACAAUCUUCGCCACAAGCUUGAUCAUGUCUGUGAACGGUUCAAGCUUCAUGUUCGGUCUCUACUCCAAUGACAUUAAAUCCUCUCUAGGCUACGACCAAACAACCUUAAAUCUUGUCAGCUUCUUUAAAGACUUAGGUGGAAACCUUGGAAUAAUCUCCGGCCUAAUCAAUGAAUUCACACCCCCGUGGAUUCUCCUAGUCAUUGGUGCCGUCAUGAACUUCACUGGCUAUUUCAUGAUCUGGCUUGCAGUCACUGGCCACACAGCUAAACCCCAGGUCUGGCAGCUGUGUUUAUACAUAUGGAUCGGAGCUGAUUCACAAGCUUUUGCAAGCACCGGUUCCCUCAUUACAACCGUCAAGAAUUUCCCUGAGAGCCGAGGCAUUGUACUAGGCCUUUUCAAGGGCUACAUAGGCUUAAGCGGUGCAAUUAUCACACAAAUUUAUCAUGCCAUGUACGGGAGUGACACAAAAUCCGUUAUAUUACUUAUUGCUUGGCUGCCGGCUCUGGUUUCAAUCCUCUUUCUACCAACUUUCCGAAUCAUAAAAGUUGCUCGAGACAAAAAUGAGGCCAAUAUUUUCUUUAAUCUAUUGUACAUUUCACUUGGUUUAGCUGGAUUCCUCAUGGUCAUGAUUAUAUUCCAGAAGAGAGUUGCCUUCAGUAGGCUUGAAUAUGGCGGGGCAACCAUUUGUGUUCUCAUUCUUCUCUUUGCUCCACUCAAUUUCGUUGUCAGAGAAGAGUUGAGCCAGUGGAAAACUAAGAAGCAAUUGUUAACUAAUCCUUCAAACCAGUUACAAGUAUUUACCGAAAAACCAUCUUCAACAGACAAGCCUGCUGGCCCGGUGUCACAACAGGAGCUCUUGCCAGAAUCGGCUAAUGCAGAAGCUGGGAACAGCCCUGAAAAACCAUUUUCUUCAAUAAUCAAGGCAUUCAAGUCACCGCAAAGAGGCGAGGAUUUCACAAUAUUGCAAGGAAUUUGUAGCAUUGACAUGUUACUUUUAUUUGUUGCCACGUGUUGUGGCAUGGGGGGUACAUUGACUGCAAUUGACAAUUUAGGCCAAAUUGGUCAGUCCUCAGGCUACUCAGCUAAAAGCAUCACAACAUUCGUGUCACUCGUCAGCAUAUGGAACUAUCUAGGACGCGUCUCUGCAGGUUUUUCAUCAGAAAUGUUGUUAAAAAAAUACAAUUUCCCGCGCCCCCUGAUGCUCACAUUGGUGCUUCUCUUAACUUGUAUUGGCCAUCUCCUUAUCGCCUUUGCUGUCCCGAAUUCUCUCUACAUUUCUUCCGUGCUCAUUGGAUUCUGCUUCGGAGCACAAAAUCCAUUAGUCUUCGCAAUAAUAUCUGAACUAUUCGGGCUUAAAUACUACUCCACUUUGUUCCAAAUCGGGGCCUUGGCGAGCCCCGUGGGGGCCUAUGUUUUAAAUGUGAAAAUGGCGGGCCAUAUUUACGACAGCGAGGCAAUCAGACAGCUGGCUGCUAAACAGCUUGUUCGGCAAGCAGGAAAGGAGUUGACAUGCUCGGGUGAAGUGUGUUAUAGAUUCACGUUCAUUGUAAUAGCGGCAGUGACAUUGUUUGGGAGUGUGGUUUCGUAUGUUUUGGUGAUCAGAACAAGAAGUUUUUACAAAGGGGAUGUGUACAAGAAAUUUAAAGAGGAGUCUUGUACAGGAGAAGUGGUUUCAGAAAGGAAAAGUUAGUUUGAGAAAUUUGUUAAGGUCACUUUUAUGUUUACCGUAAGAAUGUAACCCCCACGGGGUGUCAGCAAUGGUUGGACAGCGCUUAACGCUUGCUGUCUUGAGGUCACAAGUUCGAUUUCCUGGGCACUUCGGGAGUAGAUGGGCUACCAUACUCGAGGGUAUUAGUGUGCUAAUAGCGUAAUCGGAUUAGUCAAGCUGGCCCCGAUCCCGGUUUAAAAAAAAUAAAAUGUAUGCUUCAUUACUUGUCACCCUGCAGCUUGAAAUUUGAA